AUGGAAACAAAGAGGAACAGAUACAUUUAUUCCUUGCAACUUUUUCUAGCAGCCUUCUUAUUAGUUCUAGUCCUUGUAGAACUGAGCUCCCAGUUUAGAGUUGCUGCUAUGCAAGCAAGUACUGAACAAGUGCAAUACAGUGGUUCCAUGGUAGAGUGUAGUGAUGAAAUGGCAGAGGAAGAAUUAUCAAUGGAGUCAGAGACAAGUCGAAGAAUUGUUAGAGCUGUCAAAUAUAUUACUCCUGGAGUUUUGAGGUCCGACUCAGCAUUCUGUGGCAAGGUUAAGAGAGGCGAACCCUAUCAAGGCAGCUGCCUGCCUCCACCAUCAAACAAUUACAACAGAGGGUGCAACAAGUACUACAAGUGCAGGUCAUGA